UCGAGAACAUAGUGUCAAGUUAGAGCACGUAACAAGGUGAAAAAGGUCGGUCCUUGCCUCCUUUGAUCCAAAGUAUGAAUUGGACUUGUAAAUAGUUCUGAAUCCAACAAACUGCAAUGAAUUUGGACUGGCCAUGUGCUUUGUGUUGUGAGGUUUCUAGAAGAAGACAUUAUGUCAGUGGGACUAUUAUUUUGGAAUAAAAGUGCAAACUUUGAGCAGAAGAUUGAGGCUUCUAGAUUAUACCUCAACACACUCCUGCUAAACCCUCUACAACACGGAGUAUUGUACAGGAUUGACAAUGGCUGAUGAAGAGAAGGAACCAGUUCAUCUAAACCGGAGCCGGUUUGAAAUUUACUGUGAAAAGUUCAAUAUUAACCCUAAUUUGUUUAUGUUGAAAGUCACACUAUUCAUGAUGUAUGGAGCCACCGGGUCACUUCUGCCAUUCCUAACUAUUCACAUGCAGAGUAUAGGCCUUACAGUGGAGGAGAUUGCAAUUGUGUACCUGGCUUUGCCCCUCACCACCUUCCUCAGCCCUCCAGUUACUGGUUUCCUUGUAGACAAGUUCGGUCACUACAAGCCGGUAGUCUUGUUCUCAUUGGUUCUCAACCUAGUGUUCCAUCAUUCCCUCAUGUUGAUUCCUCAAAUGGAGAUACCUGGGGAAGUUCCUGCAGCAUACAUCAUGAGGGAUCCUUCGACAGAGAAAGUUGAGGUGUGGUGGAGUCCCUGUCCUAGUAGAGAGUGUCCUGAUGAAGAACAGCUGUCCUUAGUAUUGCACGACUGCGUGGACCACUGUCUCCGCCAGCCUCGUAAGAACAUCUCUCACGACGGCGUCUACCAACGCAGCUUCCCCAACAUUCCUCCGCGACCUCCCAUCGUCUGCUCCAACAAAAACCAACCAAACUGCAAACCAGUGCCACCUCAUCAAAAUGUUGACCUCAUGAAUUUUACAGUUGUACCUGGAAAAAAGAAGAAAAACAGCACAAGAAAAUUCCAAUUCGGCAACGGGACCAGAUCUGACAGGGCACAGUUUUUAUUGCUGAACGAUUCAAGCCCGUCUCUCUUUGGUCUUGAUACUACCGUUCCUGAAGCCACGGUUUCCUUCCAGACUAUCAAUUUACCGAAGCAGAAUGAAACAAUUCAACAAGCAAUAAACAUCCUGGUCACGAUGCAUCCAGAUCUCGGAGAAGCCAUUGAGAACUUGGGACUAUCAAAAUUACCAGAUGAGGACGAAGAUGUGACCAACUUCACGCAGCAUUUUAGUAAAGACCUCCUCGUCAAAGCAGGCGUCAAUUUUGCAGCUCUGGAGAAUGAAGACUUGAGAUGUGGUGGUGUCGUGUUGUCGUCAAACCUAACGAUUGACGCUACGUACAAAACUCUCAAAGAGCUUGCCGCGGACUGCAUGGUGCAGAAGUGUAUGUUCAGAGAUGGUGGCCCAGAUGUUUGCCCUCCGGACUACAAGGAGUCUGCCCCUCACGUCUUCUGGCUCUACUUCUUCCUGCGAUUUGUUGGAACUACAAUGUUAUCAGCUAGUGUGACAGUGAUGGAUCCCAUCGCUCUCACCAUGAUCCAGAAAUACGGAGGAGAGUUCGGACGAGAGCGCUUGUUCUCCACGUUGGGCAUGGCUGUGUUUUCUCCUCUUACUGGUGUCUUAAUUGACUUUAAGAGUCGAAAAUUAGGCUACACAGACUACUCGGCCGCAUUCUACACCUACGACACCCUUCUUAUCAUCUCCACAAUCUCGCUACUGCUGAUGCCUAUAGGAGCCAAGGUCCCAGCUGACAACAUCAUGAGAGACUUGAUCAGGCUCUUCAGACUGCCUCACGUUAUCAUGUUCAUCUUCUUCUUAUUCCUCCUCGGAAACUGCUGGGGGUUCAUUGAAUCGUAUUUGUUUCUUUACUUAAAGGAACUUGGUGCUCCGAAUUAUCUGUUGGGUAUCACAGUCACUGUGGGGACAUUAAGCAGUAUUCCUUUCCUCUAUGGGGCUGAAAGAAUAACAAAGAAAAUUGGUCAUGUCAACAUAAUUGUGAUUGCAUUUUUUGCUCACGCUGCUCGACUGAUGGGCUAUUCUUUCAUAGAGAGUGCUUGGUGGUGUUUUCCUUUUGAGGCCAUCGAAGCUCUCUCGGUGCACCUCAUGUGGGUUGCUGCUGCAACAUAUUGUGCAAUCAUUGCACCAAAAACACUACUCGCAACUCUCAUUGGAGUUUUGGGAAUGUCUCACUUCAGUUUAGGACGAGGAAGUGGUAGUUUUGUCGGAGGUCUACUGAUCGGAACCUACGGAACCAGAGAAGCUUUCCAGAUCAUGGGACUGUUGGGAACCAUCAGUGGCGUCGUGUACGGAAUGCUGCACUUCUUCUGGCUUCACAAGUACAAUGAGACACACACGAGUAAAAGCAUUGAGGAACCUUCAGAUCACGGAGAGGGUGAACGGCUCAAUCAAGAUGACGAUUUUGAAGAAACGUUAAAAGAAAAGAUGAGGAGUGCGGAAAGAUUGAGUUUGAUGAUAAGAUUCAACCAUAGAGGAUCCUUGACGUCAUUGGACAGAGGUUCGCGCCUAGACCUCUACCGGACUAACAGUAGUAGACGCAACAGUACUACGAUAGAGCUCACGCGAGCUCGUACUAGAGCAAACAGCAGUCCCAAGAUUGACUUGCUCAAGUCUUCGAUAGAGCUCGGUCAUAUCCACAAGAGCUCCAAUCCUCAGCUUAACAGUAAACCUCCAGCCCCAGCACCUUUGCAAAGGCAUACUACCAAGGUAAACAACGAAACCGUUGCAUUAACGUCUCCUCAGUCAAACCGAAAAAGCAGCAAGAACACGCCGAUCGAGGAGUACCGAAACCGUAGUGAUUCAAUACCAGAAGAAGAGGAAGCUAUAAAUGAACUGCACAAUAAACUGAAAGUAGUUGAGGACAUUGAUGUACCUGAUAAUAUGGAUAAUAAACAUUGACAUUAGGUUUUAUAAGUAUUGAAGAUUUAGCAAGGGAAUUUAGUAAUGUUUUAUACUAUGACUAUGAGCGGUAGGAUUGUGUAAAUAAUGUAAUAUUAUAAAUUAUUCUUUUACCUAC